GUGAUGAAAUUCUAUUAUCACUCAAGCUCUGAAAGAGUCGCAGGCAAGACGCACAGUGAGCUCAGCUCGGACCUGUUUCACUUUUAAGACAAACUAACGUCACUUCAGAACUUGUUGAUUGUCUUUAGCCGUUUACAAACACUUCUCGCUAUAGUUACAGUCAGUUCGCUCUCGUCUUUUGAACUUCGGCUACUUGUCCAUGAAAUAGGCGCUUACACGUUUAGCUUCGCGGACACUGAAAGUCAUUUGAUUUGAUUUAAAGUCAUUUAGCAGUUUACGGUGAUACUUACGUAUCACCACUAAACUCUGUGGUCAGUCAUGUACAGCAUGCUGGAACACGAUAUGAAGUCCGCCGUGCCACCGACGCACCAGAGCGCGCAGGGAAUGACCCAGCUGAACGGUGGAGUGACUCACGGAACCGGCAAAUCGACUGUCAACGGCCAACAACAACAACAACAACAACAGGGUGGCGAUCCUAUGGACAAAGUUAAGAGGCCAAUGAACGCGUUUAUGGUUUGGUCUCGGGGUCAGAGGCGCAAAAUGGCACAGGAGAACCCCAAAAUGCACAACUCUGAGAUCAGCAAGCGCCUGGGCGCCGAGUGGAAGCUGCUGACGGACGCGGAGAAACGGCCGUUUAUCGACGAGGCCAAGCGGCUUCGCGCACUGCACAUGAAGGAAUACCCAGAUUAUAAAUACAAACCCCGCCGUAAAACAAAACCCGUGCUGAAGAAGGACAACCCGGCUGCUAAGUAUCCCCUAUCAGCCGGUAACUUACUGGCGGCAGCCGCGGCUCAGGGGUCAGGUGGAAGCCCGCGGAUGGACAGCUACGGCUGGGGUCACACAGGUGGCUAUGCUGGCAUGCAGACGGACGCUCUGGGUUACAGUCAGCAGCUUCACCGCUAUGAUCUGUCCGCCCUGCAGUAUCCAUCCGCCAUGGCCACAGCACAGUCUUACAUGAAUAGUGCCAACUCCUACACCCCCAUGUCUUACAGCAGCACUCCACAGCAGCCCAGCCCGGUCAUGUCCAUGGUGAAACCGGACCAGGUGUCUCACUCUCCCACUGGAGCCCACAGCCAUCAGAGGGGUCCUUUACAAGGAGACCUGAGGGACAUGAUUAGCAUGUAUAUCCCUGGUGGAGACACCACAGACAGUGGAGCACAGAGAGGCUAUUCCAAUAUCCAACAGCAUUACCUCACCGGUACAGCGCCUCUCACUCACAUCUGAUCAGGAAACUGUCAUUACCUUCCUGUUUCAGCUCUGCAUGAACAUUAACUUGAUAUGUAAAAAAAGGAUGAGGGUGUGUGGACACAUGCGGAACUGGAUAUACCAAGGCAGCUGGACUUCUGGCCUUGUUAAAGUGCCUCAGAAUAUUGUGUGGAAUGUGUGUCGCCCCUUUCUAUCACAUUUGUUUUAAGGUCCAUGUCUGUUUUCUGCAUAGCAUUCGAUGAUUAUGUCAUUGAGGCCUGGUGCACCGUUGAUGGAAUUGCUUAUAGUAACAUGGUACUUUUUUUUUUUUUCCUGUAAUCGACUGCCCGUUGUUUUUAAUCAAUCAGCUGCCUGGUUGAUUACUGCUUAUUAUUUGCAUAUAAACCAGCUAGUUUAAUAUGUCACUGACUACUGACUUUAAAGACAUGGCUGUAAUUGCUAAAUAGGGAAAGAAGGGAAUUGAGCAUACAUUCCCUCAGUCGCUGCUUGUCUUGAUGAUCUAAACACCUCAAAAUGAAUCUCCCGAGUUUUACUUUUAAGCUUUCAUACCACAAGACUUUGUAACAUUGUGCUGCUCUUCAUUAUUUAGGUAAUGCAAAAAUAUGAAAUGCACAACGGUUUAGACAUUUUUGUUAGUGUAGAUACAUUUGUGCCCAGAGCUUCGACAGAUUUUUGUUGCAUUAAAAAGUGAAAAUGAAAUAGAGAUCCUGCUUAGAGGGAUUUGACUGUAUUUUCUAUUAAAAAAAAGAACAAUUAAUUCUCAACUCAUUUGAGAAAUAGAACUUUGUGAAUAGAAGUGUUGUGUGUAUAAAAGGGAGUCAAAACGUUUUGAAUAAUGUUCAUUAAAAAAAAAAAAAAAAACUUUAUGAGCUUGUUAAAAAACUGUUUGACUAAGAAUGUAUUGUGAAAUGUUUUUUAAGCCCUUAUAGUAAGGGUUAAUAAUAUUGUAUGUGACUUGACAACCUUGAUAGAAAAACAACAAAAAAAAUGUAAUAAAGUAUUUUUAUUAUUUUUGUA